AUGGACCCCACAGUAGUGCUCAUUACCGGCUGCUCCUCUGGAAUUGGCCUACACUUGGCCGUUCGUCUGGCUUCGGACAGGUCCCAGGGCUUCAAAGUUUAUGCCACAUUGCGGGACCUGAAGGCACAGGGACCAUUGUUGGAGGCAGCUAGGGCUCGAGGAUGCCCUCCUGGCUCCCUAGAGAUACUGGCAUUGGAUGUCAGAGACUCUGAAUCUGUGGCAGCUGCCCAGGCAUGCGUGACUGAGGGUCGUGUGGAUGUACUGGUCUGUAAUGCUGGCCGCGGCUUGUUCGGGCCUCUGGAAGCCCAUGAGUUGAACGCUGUGGGUGCUGUGCUGGACGUGAAUGUGCUUGGGACCAUUCGGAUGCUGCAGGCCUUUCUGCCAGACAUGAAGAGGCGCCACUCCGGGCGUGUGCUGGUGACUGCGAGUGUAGGAGGCUUGAUGGGGCUGCCAUUCCACGAAGUGUACUGUGCCAGCAAGUUUGCGCUCGAAGGUCUCUGCGAGAGUCUGGCGAUCCUGCUGCCGCUCUUUGGAGUUCAUGUGAGCCUCAUCGAGUGCGGGGCAGUGCACACAGCCUUCUAUGAGAAGCUGGAGGGCGGCCUGGGCGGGGCUCUGGAGCGAGUAGAUGCGCAGACCCGCCAGCUCUUUGCGCACUACCUGCGUAGUUACCAGCAAGCCGUGAGCGAAGCGCAGGACCCAGAGGAGGUGACGGAGGUCUUCUUGACUGCAAUUCGAGCCCAGCAGCCCGCGCUGCGCUACUUCUCCACGAACCGCUUUCUGCCGCUGGCCCGGAUGCGCACAGAGGAUCCCAGUGGCCGCAGCUACGUCGCGGCCAUGCACCACAAGGCCUUCUCUGAUCUGCAGGCCCAGGAGGAUGCCAAGGCUGGGGCCCAAGUCCCGGGGGACCCCGACACGGCCUCCAGCGCCCCCAUUUGUCUCCCUGAGUGUGCAGCCCCUAGGGUGGCAUCUGAAUUGGGGUGGUCAGCCUCGGACAAACCGGGUCAGGACAAAUCCUGUUACCGGCAAUAGAUCUAAACCAGCAUAUCUCUCUCUCUCUCUCUCUCUCUCUCUCUCUCUCUCG